AUGAACGACAACAUGGACACAGAGUCGGAUCCUGUCUUGAUAUGCCUUGAACAACUCCAAUCCUCGCCAACAGCAACUGCCGCCGUGCACCACGUCAAAUCCGCCCAACAACCGACGAAAUCUCGCACAAAACGGGCCAGAGUCGCUUGUCUCCAUUGCCGACGCAGAAAGGUCCCAAGGCAACCUGUAUCAAGUCCUCGAGAGAGUGCAUCCAUCUCCGAGGACAUGGACCUUGCAGUACAUCAUGGUGAGCUCGGAACGCUCGGAGACAACGCAAAGGAUCAUCCAUCAUCUACUGGGAAGCAACAUGAAGUCCUGACGGCCUCCAUCGAGGAUGAAAAUAUGGCCUGUCAGCUUGAGUCCAUUGACAUCCCAUCUCUGCAAGUACCAACUGUCGACCUUGGAGCCCCUGGAUUAUGGUCGGCGCCGUAUUUUGUCCAUUGCGAUCUAUCGGGCCUCUCAAGCGAAGACCUUGCCUAUCUACAGAACAAAGGAUGCUUCCACUUCCCUGACAAGCAUAUACUCGAUCAACUACUCCUAUCCUACUUUGAUUACAUCCACCCGCACAUGCCCUUCAUCGACGAGACCGAGUUCUGGGAUAUGUACCGUACCCACUUCCAUAGUCCAGGGACACCUCUUGACGCCGGUCAGCACUGCUUCUCCAUCCUCCUCUUCCAAGCCAUGCUCUUCGCCGCCACGACAUGUGCCCCUGUGGCCGUUCUUACGCGCCUCGGCUACACCUCGCGCGGAAAAGCCCGGAGAGAAGCAUUCUCCCGCGCCCGAGCGCUGUACUCCUUGGACAUCGAGAAAGACAACCUGGUUCUGGUCCAAACCUUCCUACUCAUGUCGUACUGGAAGGGCCAGGUCGGCGAGGACAAGGACGGCUGGCACUGGGUCGGCCUCGCUGUGUCCCUCGCUCUCCACCUCGGUCUGCAUCGACAGCCACGUCCAAGGUCGACUCUGACACAGCGGCAACAGACGAUUCGGAGACGAUGCUGGUGGGGUUGCGUUGUACGGGACAGGCUUCUUGCGCUGUCGCAGCAACGACAACCCCGGAUCCAGCUCCAGACAUCGGAUGUGGGGAUACUCACCCUGGCCGACUACAAUGUUGGCCUCCGGUCUGGUGUGAGCAAUCUUUCCUCGGCAGAGGAGCUUGGGAAGAGAACGGCCACGUCCAUCUUCUCCGUGCAGUUGAUCCGCUUGAUGCUGUCUGUGGAGCGAGAGGAUGACCUCUCCAACGGGCGGGCCUAUCCGUCUUCUCCGGCGGCUUCUCCUCCCGAGACGUGGUCACGGAAGCAGACCGCUUCGUUCGACGAUGGACGCAUGGUGGGCCACGCUGGGUUGGACAAUUGGCGACUCCAUCUUCCAGAGGUGUUGCAACCUUCCACAUGUCCAGACGCUGACGAGUCUGUCCUACCAUGCAUUCUUGUCCACCGCAACGUUCUCCAGAUCUACUACCACAAGCUUAUUCUCUCCAUGAUCACACCGCUACGGUGGCCAAAGCGGGUGUCAACGGGACAAGCCUCGAUGGACAUGCAGCUGGCUCAUACUUCAACCCUCGCUCUCCUACAGCUUCACAACGCUCUCGUCGAUCAUGAUGCUGUUCAUUGCCUUCCCGGCUCGUGCUUUGAUGCCGCCUCUUUGACCAAAUUCGAUGCAACGCUCCAGACGCCUCCAGCGGAAGACGUCCCUCUCCCAACCAGGCCUCGGUCACCAGAAGGCACUCACAUCCAGUCUCCUAUAUCACCUACGCCUUGGUCUCAGUCGGACAUGAGUCAAAGCCACUGCACAGAUAUAAUGAAUUCGUGCGACUACUUGGACACGCUUGACAGCGAUCAGUCGCUCCUCGACCUCACGAUAUCUGGGGCGUCCGGUCUGGACGAGCCUCUCUUUCCCGACAUGGAGAGAAUAGACGAGCUAGACUCAGUAAGGUACCCACUAAGGGAUAGCAGCGAAUGA